CGAACUUCCAUUUUGGGUAAAGAAAAUCCCGAAGACGGUGAUCAGAUGUAUAGUCUGAAAAUUUGUCUUCUCCAUCGCAUUCUUGUUUAGGAUAUGGGUCAUCACUGAGAGAUGACUAUAUAAGGACGGUCCCAAUGGACCACACAAUUGCACGCAUACCUUCUUCAAAUCUCCCCUUGCCAACCACCGAGUGUAUACUGUCGAUUCUACCACUUGCCGCGCCCCAAACUUGACAACGUUGCCUUGGAUUGAUCCAAAAUGAGUGCAAAUGAAAAGGUCUACCGUGCAUACCCGAGCGGGCCACCAACGUAUCAACAAGCCAAUUCGGAAGAGUCGCGACAGAUCACCCAGAAUCCGGAUUGGAAUUAUUCACUUUUGGAAUGCUGCUCGCCAUGUUCACUCUGCUUUAUGAGUUCCUGUCUUCCUUGUCUUACCUUUGGCAAAACUCAGGCCAGGCUUCAGGAUCCGACUCUACAGAACUAUAGUAGCAUUAACGCGGAUUGCAUGAUUUUCGGUGCCCUAUCCCUCGGAUACCUCCAAUGGAUCAUCCAGACAAUUCGACGUGGCGAGAUGCGAGAGAGGCUUGGAGUCAAGGGCUCCUGCUGCGGAGACUGCUGUGCCACAUUCUGGUGCGGAUGCUGUGCAUUGGUACAGGAGGAGAAGGAGGUCGAGUUACGAACAAGGCCUGAGCUUACUGGUUACCAGCCUGCACCGCAGAUGGCAUACCCUUAGUAUCUGGAGGAACGGUUGGUUAUGGGGGAAGUAAGUAUUAGGUCUCAGCAUGGUCGGAUAGUACACAUUGUACUGCCUGUUAUGUUUCUUUUCUGCCCGGUCACUUUUCAGAUGCACUAUGUCGAUUUUCCUUUGUUAAUGUCUAUCUUUUCUAUUUUCCUUUUUGUUUUCUAUUCUUUCUUUCUCUUUCUUCUUUUUUCUCUGAAUACUCAAGUGUACAGUUUCAGGAUAUACUCCCAUGUAUAUAAGUGCCUUAGCAAAUUAUAGAGCCUCUUACUUAUUAUUCCAG